AACCUGAGCAUCUACAGAUAAACCUCCAGAGACUGCUUCAGCACUGAGCACGAGAGUUACGACAGAAGACCAAUGAAAGGAGACGCUGCCAAAGCAGGCCUCCCCAAUGGCGCCAGCCAAGCCAAGGGCCUGCUUCCCUCCUCGGAGGAGAAGAUGGAGGAGAGGGGCCAGUGGAGCAACAAGAUAGAGUUUAUUCUGUCAGUCGCCGGCUCCAUCAUCGGCCUGGGCAACAUGUGGCGCUUUCCUUAUCUCUGCUACAAGAAUGGAGGAGGUGCAUUCCUCAUCCCCUACUUGAUCUUCCUUUUCGCCUGUGGUGUUCCUGUCUUCUUCCUGGAGAUUGCCCUGGGCCAGUACACCAGCGAAGGAGGCAUUACUUGCUGGAGAAAAAUCAGUCCUUUGUUUGAAGGUCUUGGCUAUGGAACCCAGGUGAUCGUGACUCUCUUGAACUUUUACUACAUCAUCGUUCUGGCCUGGGGGAUUUUCUACCUGUCUUUCUCCUUCUCCUGGGACCUGGCCUGGUCGUCCUGCAACAACACAUGGAACACAGAAAACUGUGUGGAGAUUCAGAGGAGAAACAACCAAACAAUCGAUCUAAACGCCACCUCUCCUGUCAUCGAGUUCUGGGAGAGAAGAGCGCUGAGGAUUUCCCCAGGCAUUGACCACAUGGGCUCCCUGAACUGGGACCUGGCCUUGUGCCUGUUUAUCGCCUGGGUCAUGUGCUACUUCUGCAUCUGGAAGGGGGUGAAAUCCACAGGAAAGGUGGUCUACUUCACUGCGACCUUCCCCUAUCUGAUGCUGAUUGUGCUGUUGAUCAGAGGGCUCACCCUGCCUGGUGCUGGGAUUGGCAUCAAGUUCUACCUUUAUCCAGACCUGGGACGUCUGGCGGACCCGCAGGUGUGGAUGGAUGCUGGCACCCAGAUCUUCUUUUCAUACGCCAUCUGUAUAGGGUCCCUAACUGCUCUGGGAAGCUACAACAAAUACAACAAUAACUGCUACAGAGAUUGCUUGUCGCUGUGCUUCCUGAACAGUGGCACCAGUUUUGUGGCAGGCUUCGCGAUCUUCUCCAUCCUGGGUUUCAUGUCUUAUGAACAGAAUGUUCCCAUCUCAGAAGUGGCUGAAUCCGGUCCUGGAUUGGCUUUCAUAGCUUACCCUCGUGCCGUGUCCAUGAUGCCUUUUUCUCCUGUGUGGGCCGCUCUCUUCUUCAUCAUGAUUGUUUUUCUGGGGCUUGACAGUCAGUUUGUGUGUGUGGAGAGCCUUGUGACGGCGCUGGUUGACAUGUACCCCGCUGUGUUCAGACGUAAAAACCGCAGGGAGCUCUUCCUGCUAGCUGUCAGCCUCUUCUCUUUCUUCAUGGGCCUCAUCAUGCUGAUGGAGGGGGGCAUGUACGUCUUCCAGCUGUUUGAUUACUAUGCAGCCAGUGGCAUGUGUCUUCUCUUCAUGGCCAUCUUUGAGACUGUCUGCAUCGCAUGGGUCUAUGGUGCAGACCGCUUUUAUGACAACAUUGAGGACAUGAUUGGCUACCGCCCAGGACCUUACAUCAAGUACUGUUGGUUGUUCUUCACCCCAGCCACGUGCAUUGGUACCUUUGCCUUCUCCCUCAUCAAAUACACUCCUCUAAAAUACAACAAUGAGUAUGUGUACCCGUGGUGGGGCUAUGUCAUUGGCUGGCUGCUUGCUCUGUCCUCCAUGGUCUGCAUCCCGCUUUGGAUGGUGUACAAGAUCAGCACCACCCAGGGGACACUCAAAGAGCGCAUCCAGCUGCUCAUCACACCAUCCGACAAGCUACCCAAAACCAAGAGGGAGCAGGAGAGGUUACUGGCCAUCUUUGCUCCUGGAGGCGAUGCCAACUUGACUACAAAUGGCUACUAUCCUGUCUCAGAGAGAGACUCCAACUUAUGAGGCCCCCGGUGGUGAUGUGUAUGGGAAAAGACACGGAGUGGGUUUUGGUUCCAUCCUUCACUUGCUGCACCCUCACCUCCAUCCCAAAGAUCACAGCAGGGAGAAAUACAAUAACGUGUCGAAUCAUCUACUUUAAUACACAACAGAUAUGGAGGACUCAGGAGAUAAAAUAGGCCUACAGUGUGUUGGGUUUGGCAGUUCCUGUACAUUUCAGGGACGGCAGUAACGUGACGAAAGAAGGAUAAAGAGAAAGAAAUAUAAAUGUCAUUUAUUGUUUUGUCGUUUUAAUGGAUUACUUAGAAGUUUUAGAGGGGACAGGGGCAUUUUUUUCAGGGACAAAAGUCAUUUACUCUCUCCAACUGAAAUCUAUUAAUAAAUAUUGUUCAGCUCUACAUUUCACAGGUGAUGAAAUGAAUGAACUAAUUCAAGGUCAGCUGAGUCGGCUUUGUUCUGAAAAAAAAAAAUGUUACAGUUUUAUAAUUGAAGUUAAUGGCAUUUUCAUCACAUUCAAAGGUGGAACACACACAGAGGCUCCACCGGGAGUUUGAAAAUAAAGUUUGCACAGUGAGGAUGUAUUUUGUGCAAAUAUAAUGCUAAGACAGCAAAAUCAGUAAUGGAACAGGUUAAACAUUUGUUUCCACUGAGCUACAUGUAAGUUACUUUUUGAAGUUUCCUUGUGUAUCUGACAUCUCUACAUGGCUCCUUAGCCAUAUUUGUAUCAUAUAUUGUAUUAUCAUAACUGAUUGAGGACAUUUUCCUUAUUGUAUUUACAAGAAUUGAAAUAAACUGUUUUGCAUGAAUGGAUUGUGUAAUGGAAAAAUAUAAUACUGUAGCACUGUAGGACUAACAUGACAUGUAGUUUCAUCUUCUGCGCUGUAACAUAAUAUCACUGUACAAAGAAAUGUGAAUCUUGUAAGUAUGUUUUUAAAUAAACAUGCAAAAUUUC